UCGCUUCCGGGUCAGAGGUCGGCCCGGGUGGUUGAGCUCGGCGCGCCGGUCGCCUAGCAACGGCCUGGGAGGGGAGUUUGAAAUGAAGUUCAUGCCUUUGGCUGGAUGUCACUGCUCUGGGGGCUCAUGGCGCCGCACAAGCUGCUGCUCUUUGUCCUCCUCAUCACCACCAUCACCCCACCCUCACUGGCAAGAUGUGGAAAGUGAGGAUGACAAUUUAUCUUUGGAGCCAGAGGAACUAAAGAGAUAUCAAGUAAACGUUGAGUUAAAAGGUGAGCCAGCGUUGGCUCAAAAUGGACAGCCUGCAGCCAUUGCUGAAGAGGUUGGAAACAAUGCCGAGAUAUUACCAGAGGCAAACACAGCUCAGCAGGAAACUGUGAAAAGCAAAGAAGAACAGGAGAUUGAAGAUUUAUAUAACAAUGGCACCAAAAUCCUGAAGCGGUCCAGAGAUAAGAAUUUAAGAAAGGAAGGUUAUAAACUACUGGUGAAAGCAGCAGAUUUGGGAAGCACGAAAGCCAUGGAGCGAAUAGCCUAUGCCCUAUUGUUCGGUGAUCAAUUGCCCCAGAACGUUACGGCAGCGAGAGAUCUCUUUGACGCCUUAGCAGAGAAUGGCUCCCACAAAGCCCAAACUGCCUUAGGAUUUAUGUAUGCCACUGGUAUUGGUGGGAGCUACAACCAACCCAAGGCCCUGGUGUAUUACACAUUUGCUGCACUGGGUGGAAACUUUGUGGCACAUAUGAUUUUGGGCUACAGGUAUCUUAAUGGGAUUAAUCUUCCACAGCAUUGUGAAGCAGCUCUCGUUCAUUACAGAACUGCAGCAAAAUAUGUGGCUGACAAUGUUGCCCUUAAUGGAGAAACUCUACCUGAAAAGGUUCGGUUAACAGAAAGGGCGGGAAACUUUAGCUCCAAUGGUCAAAUUAUGGAGUUAGAUCUGUACCAGUACUUCCAGCUCAUUGCAGAAAAAGGAGAUCUUCAGUCACAGGUUGGUCUUGGCCAGCUCCAUCUGACAGGUGGCAAGGGAAUAGAACAAGAUUUUAAAAAGGCUUUCUACUACUUAUCAAAGGCUGCAGAAGGCGGCAGUGCUAAUGCCUUGGGAUUUUUGGGGAAGAUGUACUCAGAAGGGAAUGAAGCCGUGCCUCAGAGUAACGAAAUUGCUCUCAUUUAUUAUAGAAUGGCAGCUGAGAGGGACAACCCUAUUGGACUAACAGGAUUAGGAUUAGCCUAUCUUUAUGGAAAGGGAGUAUCAGUGGAUUAUGAAGAGGCAUUAAGAUAUUUCAAGAAGGCAGCAGAUAAGGGAUGGGUCGACGGGCAGUUUCAACUGGGAGUUAUGCACUAUACUGGCUUGGGUGUAAAGAGAGACUAUAAAAUAGCCAUAAUGUAUUUUCACCAAGCCUCUCAAGCUGGACAUGCCUUGGCUCUGUAUAAUCUAGCUCAGAUGUACGGAAGUGGGACUGGAGUGGUCAGAUCCUGUCUUACAGCUGUUGAGCUUUACAAGAAUGUUUGUGAACGAGGUCAGUGGACCGAGAGAUUCCUAUCUGCAUAUUUUGCCUACAAGGAGAAUGAUAUAGAUUCUGCCUUCCUUCAGUAUUUAUUUCUUGCAGAGCAAGGAUAUGAAACGGCUCAGAGUAACACAGCACACGUUCUAGAAUAUGAACAAACAUCACUCAACUUAAAGAUUGAUUGCUAUCAUAUGGCUCUGAUAUACUGGAACCGAGCUGCAGCUCAAGGAUAUUCAUAUGCCAGAAUUAAACUGGGCGACUAUUACUUCUAUGGUCGUGGAACCAAAGUAGAUUAUGAAACAGCUGCAAUUCACUAUCGUUUAGCUGCAGAACAGCAACGCAGUGCUCAAGCCAUGUUCAACCUUGCAUACAUGUAUGAAUAUGGACUUGGGACAGAACAGGAUCUCCACCUGGCCAGAAGAUUCUACAAUCUGGCUGCAGAAACGAGCACAGAUGCAUAUAUUCCAGUGUUCCUUGCACUUUUCAAGCUCGGAGCCAUAAAUUUCAUCCAUUCAGUUCAAUACACAAAUCUCAGUGAAGUAUGGAAACAGAUACACCUGGAUCGAUUGCUGAGGCGUCAUUGGGAUCUCUGUCUAAUCAUGAUUUUGUCUUUGCUUCUGGCCGUUUUAACGGCCUACAGGCAUGGAUAGAGCAUGUAUUAUGGGGGUUAAUCUCGUCGAUUUUGGUGUUGUCAACAAUUCUGGGGCUCAGCACGGAUUCUGUAACCUCCAAUAUGAUGUAGUGUCUUUUGUUACAAUUUCAAUACAUUGUGACAAAGAA